AUGGUGCUCUAUAAGACAGGCAACUUGGCCCGCUUCAACCCGGAUGGCAGCCUGUGUCAUUUAGGCCGGAAGGACCAUCAGCUCAAAGUGCUGUCCGAUGUUGAAGAUGUAGUCGUAUAUAUGGUAGUUCCGGCCGAGACGAAUGGCGUUCCUUCUCUUACAGCUUUCAUUCUGCGGGCAGAUGAACACGCAAGACCUGAGCAUGCGCCCAUGCAUCAUCACCCUCUCUUCGCAGAACCAACAUUGGAAUUUCUGGAAAGAGUCCAAUCCGCCAAGCAGCGACUGAGCAAGAUCAUUCCAGACUAUAUGGUCCCCACUCUCUUCCUUGCUCUCCGCAAAGUGCCGCAGACGGUCUCGUGCAAAAAGGAUAGGCAUCAAUUACGACAAGAAGUUGUCCUGAUGACCUGGGACCAACUGAGGGCAUAUACUACCAGCCCGAAGGGUGGGAGAAGCGUUACACCUGCUGCGCUUAAGACAUGGGCGGUACAGCUACUCGCUCAGAUCUGGGCAGAGCUACUUCGCCUGGACGCCGAUACACUUGGGCCGGAUGAUGAUUUCCUUGCCCCCGGCGGCGACUCCAUUAUCGCGAUGAGGGCAAUUGCAAUGGCGCGCGUCAAGGGGUUAGGUCUGACGGUGUCCGACAUCUUCGCCAAGUCAAAAUUGGCGGACAUGGCCAAGAGCGCCACAGUGUUACCCAGCGGUGUUGUAACAGCCUCUCGCCGGCCGGUGAGCUUGGUGGGCGACAACGUCCAGGAAGUCUGCAUCUCACGUCUUCAGGAACAGACAUGA